AAUUCCUGUCCAAUCGGAGCGGACGUUGCUCCGAGGUCGUUUAUUGUCCAGAAGAGAAGGGAAGGUGACUUCUGGAGCACUUUUCCCGAACCGAACCCUCCACUGGACGGGGUUUGAAUAAAUUCUCGACGAUGUCUUCCUUUGGAAGAGCGUUAGGAGUCCUCCGGACCGGAACCCAGCUGCUCAGGGGCGCUCCUGGAAGGAUAACCAGCAGGAAGGCCAGCGGCGGACCGCACAUCGAGCCGCAGUACCGGCAGUACCCCCAGAUAACCAAGAACCAGAAGUUCCAGUCGGAGCUCCUCAGUGGGGCCAUGUGGUUCUGGAUCCUGUGGCACUGCUGGCAUGACCCAGACGCGGUGCUGGGUCACUUCCCCUGGCCUGAUGCCUCCCAGUGGACGGAUGAGGAGCUCGGGAUCCCUCCAGAUGAUGAGGACUAAAGGUGACCUCUGCAAACUGAAGCGGUUUUGCAAGACUUUGUGGAAAUCUUCUCGACGUGCUGAAGUCAUUGUUGUACAUAGGCCCAAUAAAGUUAUCUUUUAAGUUAAAA